AUGCCACUCUACAACACAGUCUUGUACAUUCCUCCCAUUGAACCCCCAAGAAUCACUGAUUUUGAUUCCAGCACUUCUCACACUAGCGACGACAGAAUGAAAAUUGCUGAAGUAGAAGCUUGUUUUGAAGAAUUUGAGGCACAACUUUCUAAGUUUUGCCAUUGUAGUCAACCGAACGAUGUUCAUAGUCAAUGUUGUGUACCUGGAGUUGGAAAUUUUACACAUCCAGUGAAUGAAAGAUACCUACGUCGUACUGUAGAUGAACAAUUGAGAGAUCUCACACUUGAAGGUGAACGCAAUCGAACACGUGUUGAUCGGGAUCCUCAGAAUAGUAAUUUUGAUCGAAACUCUAUUUCCAUCUUACAUCGACGUGGAAGAUUUGACUCUCACAGAGCUCAAGAUUCUGUCACACAAUCCUCAAGCGGAAUCGCUGAGGCAGAAAGCAGUGAUAAUUUUCUUGUGGAUGAAGAAGAAGCCGAGGCUACCGUAUUAUUAUUUUCCGCUUUGGGAAAGUCAUCAACUGAUGCUCGUGUCAGAGAUGUAAAUAUAUAUGUCUUCAGACAAACUGGGCCUCAUAGUUUGAACUUUUUUGUUCGACCACUGCCACCAGUUAAAAAGCGUAUCACUUUAAAAACAGCUCUUAAAGCUUUUGGAUUAUUUUGUACAUUCACCGGGAGUGGUCUUUUAGGUUACAAACUAUUUGUAGAAUUACCAUUAUACAAUGGACCAACAAGAGAUCUACAAAAUAAGCCAAUUGUGAUAACACAACCAUGUUCUAAAAUUUCUCGAGAGUUAGUAUACAAUUUAGCUAAACAAGGUUCACAUCUUAUCUUAGCUGAUAAUCAUUGGGAUAAAUGUGAAGAAUUAAAAGAUCAUUUAUUACGUAAAUUUAGUGUUAAAUCUGAUAUGAUUGAAUGCCGUCAUUUAGAAUUAGAUAGUAUGUUAUCCAUACGACGAUUUGCUGCUGGUAUAUUAUCAGAUUUCUCACAAUUAGAUUCUGUAAUUAUACAACCUCCAUCAUCUAUUAGUGGGAUUAUAUCGGGGAAACGACGUUUAACCCAUGAUGGUUUUGAAAAAGAAUUAGGUAUCAAUUAUUUUGCUACCUAUUUAUUAAGUCGUUUAUUCAUCAAUAGAUUAAAUGAAUCUAAUGGACGACUUAUCUUAGUGAUUGAUACAAAAUCUGCUAAUAUAGAACAAGAAAAUAUAAUGAAACAAUCGAAAACAUCACAAUAUACCCUUCCAUUAGAUAAUAUUAAUUGGGAUCAUGAAAAUAGUUAUACACCAGAGAAUGCAUAUCGUCGUGCACAGUGGUUUUUAUUAAUGUUUGCUGAUGAACUUGCACGUCGUAAUUCUUCAAUUCAAGGUAAUAAAGCAUCCAUCCUAGUUACAAAUCCUAUUGUUACACGUGGUUUAACUCCUGAUCUAGAUGAGAAAUAUAAUAAUACUAAAGGAAUAUUAAAAUUAAUUUAUAUGUUAAUGGAUAUAUGUCCACAUUUAAUUAGUCGUAAAACAUCUAAUACUACUUUAUAUUGUGCAACAGUUGAUUUUCCAACUAUUGAUCAAUCAAUGGUUAAUUGUGCUCCAAUUUAUCAAGAUUUACGUUUAUCAAUUUCUUCAAAACAAACAAUGAAUCAAACGAUUGAUAAUAGACAUCAAAUAUUAGAAUUAUUAUGGAGAUUAAGUGAAAAAUGGACUCGUUUAGAUACACAUCCUAAUGCAUUACCAUUACCUAAUCGACUAUUAAUGAAAAUGAAGAAGGAGAAUAAUAAUGAUAAUCAAUUAUUAGAUAGUAAAGUUGAAACUAUUUCUUCUAUUCAUGUAUAA